AUGACAGGCUUCAACCAUCCCCUAUCUAUGAUCGCGUUCCUUCUCUUAUAUCCACUGCUUGCGAUCGGAGCGACUCCGCCUCCCGGAACCGUCGACGUACAGCUCAGGACAGGAAUCUUUCGCGGUAUUGUCACCCCUAACGGCACAGAAAAGUGGCUCGGCAUUCCAUUUGCCCAACCUCCUGUGGGCAGUUUGAGGUUCAAGGCUCCUGUUCCAAUCACAGCACCGUCGAGGGCCAUAAAAGAUGCAUCCGCAUUCGGAAACGCAUGCCCUCAGCCUCCAGUUGCUAGUCUAGGUGCUCCUGUUGGUGAGGAUUGUCUGCGCUUGAACAUUUGGAGGCCUCAAAACGUCAAAAGCAACGCGAAACUCCCCAUCUUAUUUUGGAUCCAUGGGGGUGCCUAUACGACAAAUUCGGCUUCGAACCCAAUGUUCGAUCCAACAGGCCUCAUCCAGCGGAGCGUUGUAAUCGACAAACCGAUUAUCUUUGUCUCAACGAAUUAUCGGGUCAAUACUUUUGGUUUCCUGGCCAGCGCCGACGUUCCGUCUCAAGACCUCAAUAUGGGCCUACAAGAUCAAAGAUUGGCUCUGAACUUUGUCCAAGACAAUAUUGCUGCCUUUGGUGGUGAUCCAUCGAAAGUGACGAUAUGGGGUCAAUCCGCAGGGGCUGGCAGUGCACAAGCCCAUUUUGUCUUUCCACCCGCGAGGUCUCUUUUCAGAGCAGGAAUCGCCGAUUCUUCUACUGGACCUUUCAAAAACUCGCCAGGUGUUGGCACAUAUGACAAACCAGGAAAACCUUUCGCACGACUACUCGACGCUACAGGGUGCGCGCCAGGAAGGCACUCUGUGGCAUGUCUGCAGAAGGUUCCGUUUGAGACUCUCCUCAACAUUUUGAAUGCCAUGAUCCGGUCAACACUUAACAACCAGCUUUGGCAACCUUCCGUUGGACCGCCUGGAAGCUUCAUCCCUGAACGAGCAUCCAAGAGGAUCGAAGCAGGCAACUUCCUCCAUCUUCCUUACCUCGCAGGCACGAACGUUAAUGAAGGUACAACCUUCAGCACGAGCCUCCGUAACCUCCAACUCUCAGGUUCGGCAGAAACGGCUGCCUUCCAAAACUAUAUCCGGGACCUCGUCAUCCAUAACAGCACAUUGACGACCGGGGUCUUGGAUAGGUUUGCCACCCUCUACCCCGCGAACGAUCCUGCCCUUGGAGCCCCAUUCAAUACAGGCGAUUCUCUCUUUGACCGAGCGGCGGCGUGGUACACCGAUAUGAUGUUUUUGGCACCACGAAGACUGUUCUUCCCGCGUGCUGCGGCUCUACAACCGAUGUUUGGAUACUAUUUUCGGGAGUUUAUUCCUGGGAAUGAUAUCACUCUAGGAGUGGCGCAUGUUUCUGAGUUGGAGCUGCUUUUCGGACCGGUGACGCCAGUGGCAGCUGUCGAGAAUGACCUUUCUAGGCAGAUGAGAGACUUUUACAUCAACUUUGUCAAUGACCUCAACCCUGGGCCUGCUUGGGUGCCGUAUACUCUCGGUUCAAAAAGGGUCAUGCAGCUUCUCCGGGAUAAUAUGACCAUGAUUCCAGAUGACUGGGACGUCGAUAGAACUUCCUUUAUCAAUACCGCGCGAGUUCUCGACGAAUUCGAAAGGUAG